GAUGAUGUGUACCAGUCAGUGGGGAGGCCACUGUUGUCCAGAAAACCUGAGAAGACGCACACAGCCCAGCCAGGAGACCAAAUUGUCGUGGAAAUUAGCAAGGAAACACUCACAGACCUCUGACGUCCUCUGAAGCUGGUAUGGAAAUCGUUGACGCAAAUUUUGUCACCUUGAUCAACCCCAACUACUUCCCUGGCAAGUUGUGGCGUUUGGUGAACGAUCCUCAGAUUCGCUCAAUCUGGUGGGACGCCAGCGGGGAAGGAAUACUUGUCCAUCAGCAACCCUUCGAAGCUGAAGUGCUAUUGUCCCAACCAAGGCAUUUGUCUGAGUACUUCAGAACAACGGACUUCAUCAGUUUCGUUCGCCAGCUGAACAUGUACGGCUUCAGAAAAGAACGCACAGACCGUGACGUCUCAGACAAGCAACUGCACCACUUUUACAACCCGUACUUCAAACGGGAUAAGCCUGAGCUUCUGCUCAAAAUAAAGCGACUCACGCCUCACAACAAGGCCAAGCUCGCCGGGAUAAAGGUGACCAGCAGUAAGUCAAAAAGUUUCCAUCAUGUGAUGCUGAAUUCGCCACAGGAAACCUCUGCCUUAAUGAGAACAGGUUCAAUCUUGCUUGAACAUCAGGGAACACCUUACCAACAUCCCUGUAAUGUCCCUCAGCAGGAGAAGAGGUGCAACACACCUCAUCACUCACAAUACGGGUUUUACACACCAGUGAAUCAGCGCUGUAGCCCAGACUUCUUGGAUUCAAAAGUGCCAAGCUUUCAACAACCAGCUGCUUCCUACUCUCCUAGUGGCUAUUACCCUGACUACUCAGUCGGAUACGCUCAUCCAAUUGAUCAGGAUCUAUACUGGAAAGCAGGUGAUGUUCCAGAGUCCAGGACGAGUGACCUGGACAAAGAGAAAGAGGACCUGGACGCUAUAUUAAAUCUGGCGGAAGAAAUACAGGCUGAUGUUGAGUUCUGGAAGUUGCUGCAGCUAUCAGUCACCUGUUAAGACAGCUUGAGUGGGGAGCGCAUUUUAUUUUGAGUGUAAUGACUGGAAAUAUUGCCUUUAAUCCCUUUCCUGUCAAUGAUUCACAUGACAGCAACAUGAGUUGAUUAUUAUCGCUUUCCAGGUAUAUUCCUGGAUACGAUAUAACAGGAAAUAGGUAGCAAAUGAUCCUCAAUGAUCAGUAAAUUUCAAAAAAUUUUUAGGUAUUCUGUUGGCAGAUAAUUUUUUCUUUAAAAAAAAUUUUUUUUUUUCUUAAACGAAGCAAAUGCAAUAAACAAUGUACAACUUGAAAUUUAUAAAAUGUCUAGAAAUAGGUUUAUAAAUCUUAUUGAUUACUUACAGUAUUAUUUUUUUAAUGUUUUCUUUGUUCUCUUAUAAUGCACGAUAUCUUUUAUACAGCUGUUUUCUCUGUUCUUUUAUUUGCUCAUGUGUAAAGCACUUUGACCACUGUUUAAUAGUUUAUUAAAGUGUUUGACACGUAAUUAUAAAUGAUUAAAGCACAGCUUUUAAAAUAAUUUCUUUUAAAAUGGAAUGUUUGUAUGAAUUUAGCAUUUGUGCUUGUCUUUUAUUUAAGAUACCAAACAAAAUGCUUGAUGUAUUUUUUAUACUUAUUCGAUGUAAAUAUUAUUUUUAGCUGUAGUUUGGUUCAAUAACAUAGUAAUGUUUUUAAGGCAAACUUAUAUUUUUUUAUAAAUAGUCAUAUUUUAAAGCUGGUAUGUAAUAGAGAGACGUGAGUGCACUGAAGCACUUUAUUUAUUAAAACUGAUUUAUUCAGUGAAACAAUUUCUCUCUUUCUAUUUCUAUUCACUCAUGUGAUGAGGUAUUGGAAAUAAGCUAUGAAUUAUGCUUAUACCACUGUCUAAGAAUAAAUCUAAAAAGAAAUAAAUACAGUACAUGAUUUGAUUAUG